UUCUGCAGGUCGGACGGCUGAGUGAGGAGGAGGAGGGCAGAGCUUCAUCAUAUUCUCCUGUUCGCAGUGAAAUGUUGUGAAUCACACAUUCAGACAGAUUUCCACGCUGCCUGUUUGAGUUUUGAUUCAUUUUGGAUAAAAAAGAGACAAACAGUUAAAACCAACAAAUUCCUCCGAUGUUUCAGUUGGUUCAGAUUUUGUUGGUUCCAUUAAAUGUUUUUAUUCAAAACAACAACAAAAAAACAGCAGAAAGACACAAGAGGCAUUAAAUAAACAACCUUUAAACAUUCUUCUUGAUAAUUUUUUUAACCUUUUCAUUUUAAGGGCCGGGUUCUGAUUGGCUGAGGGAAGUGGACGUUUUGUUCCAGGUGGAAAUGAUCAGAUGAUCAGAUGAUUUGGAGAGAUUCAGUCACAGAGCAGAAAAAUCCAACAUGUGAGAAAAAAGCUGAGAAAAUUUAACCUGGAAAAGAAACUGCAGAGUUUGAUAAAAAGAAAAAGAGCCGGGCUUCGUCUCUUCCUGGACUCCUGUCUGCUGGAGGAAAGGUUCAGUUUUCAGGAGAGAAUCAGUUGCAGAAAGAGGGAUUAUAGAAAGAGAAAACUGCUUUACACAGAACCAACUGGAGAGACGCUGCAGCAAAUGAUGAGUUUUCAAACAGCUGAAUUUUGGGAGGAAACUGCGCCCCCUGUUGCGCGCAACGCGCUGAGGGUAAAACCACCGAACCUUCAUCUCCGGUGUCCUUGAAUUUCACACAAUCCACCCAGAAGCGGAUUUAUCCCGCGGACUCCGGAGCCAGUCCCGCUGGUUCGGCUGGUUCCGCUGGACCCGUCCACUGGAUCUACGCUGUGUGCUGCCGUGACGCUUCCGGUCACCUUUACGCAAACUUGAACUUGGUGAAGCUGCCCGGGGCAGCCGUGCUGCGCACAGCCCCCUCCCUGCGCCUCUUCCUCCUCCUCCUCUUCCUCCUGCUCCCGCAGUACCGCCGGCUGGGCUGGAACGGGACACUUUCACCGAACCUUUACCUGCUUCCCACACCGCUGCUCCGGACCGCUGCCCGCCUUCCGCCGGCUGGAGGCUGCGGACGCCGGGGAUGCUCCCCCCGGGAUGAGGCGGCUGAAGAUGUUGCGGUGGGAUCACGCAGACUGAGGGGGGAUUCCCUCGGAUCACAUCGGGCCAUCUGGAGCGGAGUGCGGGACUCAAAACGCGCCUGCAUGGUGCCGCCAUGUUUCCCUGAUCCGCCUGGCUGGCAGCCAUCAGCUCCAAUCAAUAACCAAUGAGCUCCUGAGGAGGAAACCGGAGGAACCCAGAUCCAGUUCUGAACUUUAACUAAAGUCACGAGAUAAACAGAAGUUCUUCAGAGAGGCGUUGGCCUCAGACUCGUCCUGUUGUGAGCGAGCCACCUUCCUGAUGCCGCCAUGCCCAUCAUCAGCAACACCAACCACGACUUCAGCAACCUGUCGGUCAGCGACGACAGCAGCCUGGACCGCAUCUUCACCGAGAUUCCAGAGACUGAGACCAUCAAGGGCGUCUACUACCACAGGGCGCAGUUGAUCCGCAGGCCGGAGGACCUGGUGUCGGUGGACCACGCCCUGCUGGCUGUGAUCAACGUGGGGGGAAACCGCUACACCUUCCCCUGGACCACCCUGCAGCAGUUCCCCCUCACCAGACUCGGCCGGCUCUGCGGCUGCCGGUCGCUCGAGGACAUCGCCAGCGUGUGCGACGACUACGACGAAACCAGGAAGGAGUUCUUCUUCGACCGCUCUCCGUCCGCCUUCAAGGUCAUCCUCAACUUCCUGGCGGCGGGAAAACUGCGACUCCUGCGAGAGAUGUGCGUCCUUUCCCUUCACGACGAGCUGAACUACUGGGGGGUGGAGAUGGCGUACAUGGAGCGCUGCUGCAAGAGGAAGAUGUACACCCGCAUCGAGGAGGUUCACGAGAAGGAGAGGCGGGAGGAGGAGCGACGGCAGAGAAACGCCAUGCAGAGCCUGCCGGUGGAGGAAACCAGGUACAGGAAGGUGAUGAACUGGCUGAGGGACACGGUGGAGAAUCCCCAGUCCGGCCUGCCGGGGAAGAUCUUCGCCUGCCUGUCCGUCAUCAUGGUCGCCGUCACCGUGGUCAGCCUGUGCAUCGGCACCAUGCCCGACCUCAGAGAGGAGGAGGACAGGGGCGAAUGUUCCUCCAAAUGCUACAACAUGUUCAUCAUCGAGACGGUGUGUGUGGCCUGGUUCUCCCUGGAGUUCGUCCUGCGCUUCGUCCAGGCCCGCAGCAAGCUGGACUUCCUGCGCGGGCCGCUCAACAUCAUCGACGCCAUGGCCAUCCUGCCCUACUACGUUUCCCUGGUGGUGAGCGAGGAGGACCAGAACCGGGAGACGGACCGGCCCGGGGGAGGUAAGGGCUACCUGGACAAGCUGGGUCUGGUGCUGCGGAUCCUGCGGGCGCUGCGGAUCCUGUACGUGAUGCGGCUGGCGCGCCACUCGCUCGGCCUGCAGGUUCUGGGGCUGACGGUUCGCCGCAGCACGCGGGAGUUCGGCCUGCUGCUGCUCUUCCUCUGCGUCGCCGUCACGCUCUUCUCCCCGCUGGUCCACCUGGCCGAGAGCGAGCUCACCGGCCCGCACGACUUCAGCAGCAUCCCCGCCUCCUACUGGUGGGCCAUCAUCUCCAUGACGACGGUGGGGUACGGCGACAUGGUGCCGCGCUCCAUUCCCGGCCAGGUGGUGGCGCUGAGCAGCAUCCUGAGCGGGAUUCUCAUCAUGGCGUUUCCCGCCACCUCCAUCUUCCACAUGUUCUCUCGCUCCUACCAGGAGCUGAAGAUGGAGCACGACCGGCUCUUCAAGGAGGAGGUGGCGGCUGCAGCGGCCGCCGCCGCCACCGGGGGCGCUGCUGAGCCACAGGGAGAGGACGCGAGGUCGCCCCCUGCUGGGCCUCCGGACCAAACCAAGGAGCUCUGCAUGGAGGCGCUGCUGCAGGAAGCCAACAACCACAGUCUUCCACCGGCGGCUUUCUGAAGG